CUAAUAGUGCAAUGUCAUAUUUACAUUUAGAUUACUAAUAGUUUAUAAUAUAAUGCAAUUUAAAGUGUCACUUGCGCUUUCUCUUCGGCUCAAACAACAUACAUAUAACACACAGACUGCUAGUUGGAGCUGCAGUAUCCUACUCACUUGAGGAGGAAGCUGGCAGACAAUACCAUGUUGAUGUAUGGGUUACUCGUUACCACUUGCUAAAGAACUUUUCCUCAUUUGGUAGAUUGUGCUUGCCGUUUUUGUUAUGUGGUCAAAAUUGUGUGGAGAAUAGAUAUUUUUCCCAAAUCAAAAUGCUUUCCUCAUGUUUCUGUAAACUGGUUAAGGCAUGUAUGUAUCACCACUCCCCUACUUUCGACUGUUACCAUGUUCCCAACACUAGUAUGGGUGUGGUAAUCGCCGGGUGAAUUGACUAAAAUUUCGUAAGUUUGACGCGGUUGGGUCCUAAUUUUCCAGUAAUAUCGGAUAUAGGAUACACUUUGCGUUUCAGAAUCUCCUUCACUUAGGAAAUAUGAAUGGUGUCUAAAGGUGGAUUCAUCUUCAACGUUACUUUAAAUUGCCUUUCUCAGCACGUGUCGGCAGCAGCAUCGGGCUGUGGAGUGAAGACCCCAGCGGAGGACCAUGAGCGAGCUGGAGCAGUUGCGCCAAGAGGCGGAGCAGCUGCGCAAUCAGAUCAGAGAUGCCAGGAAAGCCUGUAGUGACUCCAGUCUGUCGCAGAUCACGGCCGGUCUGGAUUCAGUGGGACGCAUCCAGAUGAGGACCCGACGGACCCUCCGCGGCCACCUUGCCAAAAUCUACGCAAUGCACUGGGCCACCGAUUCCAGACUCCUUGUCAGUGCUUCCCAAGAUGGCAAACUGAUCAUUUGGGACAGCUACACCACCAACAAGAUGCAUGCCAUUCCCCUGCGCUCUUCCUGGGUGAUGACCUGCGCCUACGCGCCCUCCGGCAACUACGUGGCCUGCGGAGGCCUGGACAACAUCUGCUCCAUCUACAGCCUGAAGACUCGCGAGGGCAACGUGCGCGUCACCCGAGAGCUGCCCGGCCACACAGGUUACCUGUCCUGUUGUCGCUUCCUGGAUGACAGCCAGAUCCUCACCAGUUCAGGAGACACCACAUGUGCAUUGUGGGACAUAGAGACGGGCCAGCAGGCCACCAGCUUCACAGGCCACAGCGGCGAUGUCAUGAGCCUGUCCCUCAGCCCGGACUCGCGCACCUUCGUGUCAGGGGCCUGCGACGCCUCGGCCAAACUGUGGGACAUCCGUGACGGCAUGUGCAGGCAGUCCUUCAUCGGACACGUGUCCGACAUCAACGCCGUCUGUUUCUUCCCCAACGGGAACGCCUUCACCACGGGCUCGGACGACGCCACCUGCAGGCUGUUUGACCUGCGUGCCGACCAGGAGCUGAUGAUGUACUCCCAUGACAACAUCAUCUGCGGCAUCACCUCCGUGGCCUUCUCCAAGAGCGGCCGCCUGCUGCUGGCCGGAUAUGACGACUUCAACUGCAACGUCUGGGACACACUGAAGGGGGAGCGCUCAGGUGUCCUGGCUGGUCAUGACAACAGGGUGAGCUGUUUAGGAGUGACGGAUGAUGGCAUGGCGGUGGCCACGGGAUCAUGGGAUAGCUUCCUGCGGAUAUGGAACUGAUCUGCAGGGGGCGGGCCCGUGGGAGCAGAAGAGCAGGUCGGUCCGGUCAAAAACGUGACCAUAGCACACAAGCCGCCGCCCCAGGGGAGCCAGCCUGCCCCUCCCCUUCCCACCCCAUCCGAAACCCCUAAAACCCCAAACCACAUCCAUAGACCCCCCAUCCCCCCCAUCCCAUCCUCUUCCUCCAGGUGACCUGGUCCUCUACCGUCCCUGUACCCCCCCCCCUCCUUCCCCCACCCAAAACACUCUCCACUCUCACUAGAACCAGGCUUUCCACACAUCCUAACUGUCUGUCAAAAAGAGACUAGAAGUUCUCCUCCUGAGGGACCUCUUGAGAGCUCGUCUCCACCAGAGGGUCCCAUCCACAAACCACCGCGGAAGCCGAGAGGAUACGAUCCAUAUUGUACAUAUACUUUGGCAUUACGUGUGCUCGUGCGCAUAACAUAUGCACCUGAUGUGUAUGAAUGCUUUCCGUGUGUGAAGUCUUCAUAGUACGUCCUGUUUGUCAUCCUGCUUGGUCCACCCCCCCUCCCUCCCCCUCGCCCUCGCCAUUCUUUUGUUUCUUUUUCUUUUCUUUUCUCAAUUCUGUCUAACAUGUUUACGCAUAUUUGCAUUCACACAUGAGCCGAUGCCAUUCAGAGUGCUCAGGGGGGGGGUCUGUCUGGGAUGAAGCAUGGCUGUCCUGGCACUCGUUUUGACCUUUGACCCGCACUCGCUGCGUACGGUUCCUCACUAGUCUCUAGACCUGAUCUCAUUGAUGUUUUCACCACACUUUCACUUUCACAUUCAAUCCUGCGGUUCACCUAGUUGGAUGUACUGAGGAAUGACUGAAUGAAUGAGGUGAGCGAGUGAGCGACUGAAGGAACGAAUGAAUGAAUGAAAUUUAAAUGAGCAGCCGCAUCCACAUUAGUUGCACUGUUUUAGAAUAUGCACUGUGCUGCUUCUUACCCAUAGCAAUGCCCGUCAAUCCCAAUGAGCUGUGGUGCUAGUAUUGAGAAUGAAUUUGACCGUUGGUUAUCGUUUACCUCACCCAUGCUACGCAUCUCCACACUCAUCUGAAGCCUUGAGCAUGUUAGCCUAGCCACACAUCAGCCCAGCACACACUACUCGCAGCCUUGUCCCUUUUUGUCGUGUGAAGUGCUCUUUUAAUGCUGGUACUGAUCGCAAUCUCUGUUGUGGACACUCAGACUGCAGUCUUAACAAGAGGCCUUUCGACUCACACUCUUUCACCACCGUGUGAUCACCUUAAUCUUGAGUUUGAGCUCCCUCUUUGGUGCCAUUGUAAGCUUGGAGAGCAUGGCCGUGCGCAGACACUCUCACUUGUGUGAGCACACAGUAGCCAGUGAACGAAAGAUGUGCCCACGCCGCCUCAUACUGAAUUGCUUUUGUAUGCUCAAGACUCAAGACCAAUUUGAAAGGUUUUAAGUUUUUAUGAGGUGCGUCCUCAAAUGAGAAGUGUAUUCAUGUGGGGAUGGCAAUCCAAAAUCCAACAGCUGGCCUUACUGCCAUAGCUCACGCUAAUGUUGCUCAGAUGUAAUAGCCUCAGAUUUUUAUUUUUUAUUUUUAUUUUUUUUCUGCGGUUGCACGAGUCACGUCACAAAUGAGCACAGAGGUCAGUUUGCUCCUAGCCCAACUGUGCUAUCGCAUACUUUGGAACUCCGAUGACUGGCCACUGUCUAGCCAGUAUUUCAGGGCUAUUGGGCCAGCCUAUAGGAAGAACAGAGAGCCAGGAGUAGCUUCCACUCUGCCCUUAAAACAGUCGACUUUUUCCUUCAAAUAUUUGAAUCGGGAGUGUCUCACUGAGGCCCUGCGACGUCAAAAUGGCGGCACAAUGUGAAGGAUUUUAAAAAGGUAAACGCUGAAUGGCCUGUUCUUGUGAAGCAUAUGCUUGCUGUGAGUAAUAAUCACAAUAAUACUGGGAAUGUAUUUUCUUUUUUCUAAAAAAACCCAAAUUAAUUUAUGAAUUGACAUGUAAAAUACUAGAUGGUGCCAUGGUGGCAUUGUGUUAAAGUUAGAAUGAAAGUAUAGAAAUAAUUCAGUUGAUCGUUGAGAGUUUACACAGUUGAAAAACUAUUUUAUAUACAUAUAUAUAUAUAUAUAUAUGUAUAUAUAACUAGUUUACGGUCAACAGCAAUGGUCUGCACAUAAAAGGCUUUUAUAAUUCUAUGGAUAUUUGGACUGGCCAUUAAAGUUACACCAUUGAAAUAAAUGGCAGGCAUGAAUCUACAAGUGUAGGACUCUCAAAGGGUCAUUUAGAAAAGAAUCAAAGCCUGUAAAACAUUAAAUGGCUCACUUUUUAAGUGUCUUCAUGUCACUCUUCUUGCUCGAAUCAGUUGAGGCGCACAUUGUCUCUAUGUCCAGUCCCAAUCUGUUUGUGUAAAUCAAAAUGAUUGUGUGCUAGCGAACAGCCCCUAUAAAUAGUAUUCUGAGGAACAAACAUGUACAAAUUAAGUGUUUCCCAGGAGAGAAUGAACUGAUUCAUAGAGAGAUGGAGAGAGUGUUGUGUGACUGUGUGUGAAGUUCUUUUUGGCGUGGUGAUGUUUCCAGGACUCCAUGCUGGAGUGCUGAGACGAUUGCAUCAUCUUUUGGAAUUCUCAUCAACCACAUGAUAAACAGGGCUGCCAGGAAGUGUACUGGCUGGUCUUGCAGAGGGGAGGGGGGGGGGGAGGGGGGUGCAGCUGCCUCUUAACACCGAGACGUUUCUAUAUUGCCACAUGAAAAAGCUUCCUGGGGACACACACGUAGGGCAUACAUACAUACAUACACCAAGCAUUCCAGAUUUGCAGAUGAGCGAGUGUGUCUGUCUUUGUGUGUGUAUUGUAGCACAGUCAUUGUCAGGAAAUCAUUUUAUUUUUUAUUUGAUGUGGUUUUACAUUUUUUUUGCAAUGCUUUCUGUGUGCAUCUGUUGCUUUUGCAAAGUCUUCAUAACACUGAUGGGAGCGUCUCACUCUGAGGUGGGCCACCAGCCCCAGACUAGAAUCACAGCUGUCGUUUACAAAAAAGAGACGUAGAGUUAAACUUAAUGUGAAAUUCAGAAGAAGUCCAAGAAAAAUGGACCAGUAUUAACAGGUAAAGCGUAAGUGGUAUAUCAGUGAAUGUGCCUGUAAAAGACAUGACCACUUAUUUUAUUUGCAUUAAUUCUUUUCUCUUUUUUUUCUUCUUUUUUUUUUUUCAAACAUCCUCUGUGACCUGUACAAGACAACUGCAGUAUUUGUAAUAUUUUUCUCAUUUAACAAAAUACUCAGUUUUACUCUCUUACUUUUUUCUGAAAUGUAAGCAUCUGCCUAAAAUUGCAUUCCUACCACAUUCUCAGUCUCUCGACAGGACUCACUGCCUUUUGACUCCAGUAUAUCUAAAACUCCUUGAUGUUUGGUAAUAAUUAUUUUCUAAACCCAGGGAUUCAUAUUUUCCUGCAGUGUUGUUGUGUGAAUGCUCACUUGCAAUUUUUAUUUUAUUUUAUUUUUUUUUUUUUUUUAAACCUUUUUUUUUUUGAACACCAGAUUGUUUUGUAUCUGUACAGUUGUACUGUUGUAUCCCAAUGUGGCCAUUUGUUCUUGUAACCAAUAAAAAAAAACUUAACAUCAAA